AUGUCAGACUUCAUAUACCCAGAGGCAACUUCCAGUGCUUCUCAAGCGCCAAGGCCUCUCAACCUCCCUCAACGUGUCUCCAAUGGAGGUGCCAAAGUGGAUAUGACGCCCUGGCAACACAAACGAUGCACGGAUAUCUUGAAAGAGCUGAAGAAAAACCCAGCUUCAUUGGACUUUCGCUAUCCUGUCCCUUAUCAGGAAAUGCGGCUCUUCGACUAUCCCGAAAUCGUCAAAAACCCCAUGGAUCUCUCGACUGCCGACAAAAAGCUCAAGGCACGGAAAUAUGAGGCGGUCGAUGAUUUUGUCAGCGACAUCAACUUGAUCUUUUCCAACUGCUACCUCUACAAUGGACCGCCAGGACCGAUGGCUGUCGUGUCGGAGCAUGCCGCGAAACUCGAAGAAGUAUUCAAAAGCGCGCUGGCCAAACUGCCUGUGGUGGAACCAAAAAUGGCCCCAGAGCCUGUUGUAAUCAAGGCGAGCCCCAAAAAGCCCUCAGCGCCAAAGCCCAGGAAAGAUGUCGUCAAAAAGGAGGAGAAAAAGCAGGAGGUCAAGCUGAUGCCUGUCCAGCUUGUCGCUCCAGCAUCUACCGCCAUGACCAGCAUGCACCAGGAGCACACCCGGGCGGAGUCAGAGGAGCGGCGGCCAAAGCGGGAUGUUCAGGCGCCUUCAAAGGAGAUUCCGAUAGCCAGCUCAAAGCGGAAAGGGCAGGGGAAAUGGAAAUCUGAUCCUCAACUGCGUCAUUGCCAGAAUAUCUUGAAAGAGUUCGCCAAAAAGUCUAACGCAGAGUUCAUGUUUCCGUUUCUGCAGCCUGUGGACUGGAAGACGUUCAAACUAUUCAGCUAUCCAGAUAUCAUCAAAAACCCCAUGGACGUGUCAACUAUUCGAGCUAAGCUGGAAUCGGACGAGUACGACAACGCGGAACAGUUCGAGGCGGACGUGCGACUUAUGUUGAACAACUGCUACACAUUCAACCCUCCAACAGACCCCGUCCAUCAGAUGGGUCAGCGACUGCAGAAGUUGUUCGAGGGAAAGUGGGCAGAGUUGCCUCGAGAGCCGACACCCCCUCCAGUGGAAGAAGUGACCAUUGACUCUGAAGAGGAAUUGGAAGAGGAGCCAGAUGUGGAUUCUUCAGAUGACAAAAUUGCUGCUAUGGAACGGGAUUUGAAGACUCUGUCAGAGAAACUGGAGACCAUGAAGGCGACAAAAAAGAAGGAGAAGAGCAGCAAGCAACCAUCUACUUCGAAGUCAUUGCAGGAGAAACCACCAAAAUCCAAAUCAUCGACUUCGACAACCAAAUCCUCAUCCAAGACGCACGAGCACAAGGCGUCCAGCUCAAAGAGGUCGAGAGCUAUGUAUGGCAGCAGCGACGAAGACGACGACGUCCCGACCAUAACACUCAAGCAGAAGCAGGAACUCAGCGAGAAUAUCAGUCGACUGGAGGGAGAAAAACUGGCUAAGGUGAUCCAGAUCAUUCACAGGAGCAUGCCCCAGCUGCGCGAUAACGGUGGUCAGGACGAGAUUGAACUUGAAAUGGAUGCAUUGGAUCCUGCCACUCUUCGUGAGCUGUAUUUGUAUGUGCGCAAGAAUUCCGCGGCGAAACGGAAACGUCCCGAGCCCAAGAAGGUCAACGUUCAGUAUGCGCAGGAGGACUCGGUCAAGAAGAUAUCUGAGCUGGAAGGCAAGCUUCAAAAGUUUGACGCGUCUUCAAGCCAUGCAAACGGCAAUUUAUCGCACUCUAGUGACCUUUCGGAAUCCUCCGACUCUGAUUCCGACUCCAAUGACUCAGAACCAGUGCGUCCAUCAGCCCCCCCUCUCGAUCUGAAGGCCAUUAGUGCAGUCACCUCGAACGCGACUAAGGAUAAGGAGGUCCACAGCCGCAAGCAGAGCAUUGAGGUGACCGAGCUUGAAAACAUGGAGCAUUGGGCUGCGUUUCCUGCUGAGAUUGAACCAAGCUCGUCUUCCAACCCGUCAUCAUCCCGUCAGGGCGAGGUGCAGAAAUCUGAGAAAGACAAGGCUUACGAGAAGUUUAUGGCCGAAGAAAAGAAGAAACAACAACUUCGCGACGAGCAGUUGCGCAGAGAGGCGGAAGUUCGUGAGGAGAACGAGCGCCGACGCGCCGAGGAACGUCAGCGCGCCGAGGAGGAUCUUAGACGCUCUGGCAAGGAGGUUCGUCGCCAAACAUUUUUGCGUGAGCAACGGCGCCAGGAAGAACUCCAGCGCCAGCGUGCGGAGGCCCUAGAACGGAAGCGUGAGCUCCUGAAGGCGGAAAACCCACUGUGGGACCAAGCCUACAUGAUGCAACAGUUCGAGGUUGAGAUGGAGCAAGACCGUCGUGAACAGCUCAGACUCCACCAGGAGAAAAUGCGAAUCGCGCGUGAUGCUAUCCUUGCGGACCCCUUGUUCAAUGAUCCGAUCGCCUAUUACAACAAUCCGAUCGCCUUCAACAACCCCAUGGCCAUGUAUGGCUCGUACGCCUGGCAAAUGGACUCGCCUGAUGUCUCGAACGGAAUACCUGGCUCGUCUGGCACAUCGCCCACACAGUCGUGGUCACCGCCUCUCUCCCAACCACCACCUCCUACUUACUCACCGCCUCCGCAGACUGUUCCACCGCCCCCAGCUCAUUCACCGCCAUCGCAGGCUGCCCCACCACCACCGCCACCUCCACCACCCCCACCAUCGAGCUCGCCUCCACCACCUCCUCCACCCCCACCUCCGACAAGCUCACCUCCACCUCCUCCUCCACCACCACCGGCUCCACCUGCAGCGGAUGAGGCUUCAGCUAGUACGCCUCUCGUCCCCGCCCCACCGGCCCCACCGGCUCCGGAGGAUGGGUUCGAUGAGGACGAUAUGAACUGCGACGAAGAUUAG